UGAUAAAUUCCUGAAGUCCUAUACUAUGAAAAAGACGAAAUUGAUUGUCAAAUGUUUCAGGAACUGCUGUAGUUUUUAACGGUCGAUUAAACGUGGUGAAUAUCGUACGUGAAGAGAAACAGCGAUAGUGCUGUCGCGGAAACCACGUCAAUGACCCCCUCCCCCUCCAGCUUCAGUUCAGAACCACGGUCAGCUCUCCGCGCUCGCUGCUCUCAUUGUCAGUAUAUUGUCAGUACAGUUCGGUACUCAAUUGAAAGGCCGCCGGAAGAAACCAGAAAAACAGCAGCCACGAAUUGUUUUUACGACCCUCCCCGUGUUAUCUUCCAUUAAAUACGUUAUGGUAAACGCAGAGUUAAACGAAGAAAACACGUAAGCAGCAACAAUUUAAUUCGGUGGAAGACUACUGGCUGUUGGAGCAGCUUUUUCACUCGUGCUGAGGAGAAGCAAGAACUUACAUUAAAAUGUUGGACCCAUCAUCCAGCGAGGAGGAGGCGGAAGAGGUUGUGGAAGAAGAGUGCAAAGUGGUGGCGGCGCCCAAGGCUGGUGGUCCUCGGGUGUCUCCAAGCAGGUCCAGCGAAGGCUCCGGUGGGUUGCAGCCAAGCCGAAGCACCAAUGCCCGACCAACGAGCCCGAGCCCCUCAGUGGCGAUCGAGAAGGAAAAGGACGAGUUGGAAAAGAUGCAAAGGGAGGAAGAAGAGAGAAAGAAGAGGCUUCAGCUUUACGUCUUUGUGAUGCGCUGUAUUGCUUAUCCGUUUAAUGCGAAGCAGCCGACCGACAUGGCGAGACGACAGCAAAAGAUCAGCAAGCAGCACCUUCAGACAGUUAAAGAUCGUUUCCAGGCCUUUCUGAAUGGAGAGACUCAGAUUGUAGCCGAUGAAGCCUUCAUCAACGCUGUCCAAAGUUACUACGAGGUGUUCCUUAAAAGCGACCGCGUGUCCCGUAUGGUCCAAAGCGGCGGUUGCUCAGCCAGUGACUCUCGUGAGGUCUUCAAGAAGCACAUCGAGAAGCGUGUCCGCAGCCUGCCUGAGAUCGAUGGUCUGAGCAAGGAGACGGUCCUCAGCUCGUGGUUGGCCAAGUUUGACACCAUCUACAGGGGAGAAGAAGACCCACGCAAACACCAGCAGCGCAUGACAGCCAGCGCUGCCUCCGAGCUCAUUCUCAGCAAAGACCAGCUGUAUGAGAUGUUCCAACAGAUUCUUGGAAUUAAGAAGUUUGAGCACCAGCUGCUGUAUAAUGCUUGUCAGUUGGAUAAUCCUGAUGAGCAGGCUGCCCAGAUCAGAAGAGAGCUGGAUGGACGACUCCAAAUGGCUGAUCAAUUUACCAAAGCUGGCAGGUUCCCCAAGUUUGUGUCCAGGGACAUGGAGGCCAUGUACAUCGAGGAGCUGAAGUCAUCAGUGAACCUGCUGAUGGCCAAUCUGGAGAGUAUGCCGGUGUCUAAAGGAGGAGAGUUCAAACUGCAAAAGCUAAAGAGAGGCCAUAACACUUCCAUUAUUGACAUGGGCCAAGAGGACGAGAAUCAGCUCUCCAAGUCUGACGUAGUUUUGUCUUUUACUCUGGAGGUGGUGAUUAUGGAGGUACAGGGUCUAAAGUCUUUAGCACCAAACCGGAUUGUUUACUGCACCAUGGAGGUGGAAGGGGGACAGAAACUUCAGACCGACCAGGCAGAGGCCUCCAAACCAACCUGGGGUACUCAAGGAGACUUCACAACCACUCAUCCACUUCCAGCAGUAAAGGUGAAACUCUUCACUGAAAGCACAGGAGUACUGGCACUGGAGGACAAAGAGCUGGGACGGGUUGUGUUGCAUCCAACACCCAAUAGUCCCAAACAAUGUGAGCUCCAUAAAAUGACUGUUGCCAAAGGUUGCCCAGAUGACCUGAAGAUCAAACUGGCUGUCCGUAUGGACAAACCACAGAACAUGAAGCACUCUGGAUACCUUUGGGCCAUUGGGAAAAACCUGUGGAAAAGAUGGAAGAAAAGAUUCUUCGUCUUGGUGCAGGUCAGCCAGUACACCUUUGCCAUGUGUAGCUACAGGGAGAAGAAAGCAGAACCUGUUGAACUUCUCCAACUGGACGGAUACACUGUGGAUUACACCGACCCUCAGCCAGGUCUGGAUGGUGGUCGGACGUUCUUCAAUGCUGUGAAGGAGGGAGACACUGUGAUCUUCGCCAGCGAUGAUGAGCAAGAUCGAAUCCUGUGGGUUCAAGCGAUGUAUCGUGCCACGGGCCAGUCCCACAAACCCAUCCCCCCGACCCAGGUGCAGAAACUCAACGCCAAAGGAGGGACAGCACCACAGCUUGAUGCUCCAAUCUCUCAGUUCUAUGCAGACCGAGCACAGAAACAUGGAAUGGAUGAGUUCAUCUCCGCUAACCCCUGCAUUUUUGACCACUCUUCGCUGUUUGAGAUAGUUCAACGGUUGACACUGGAUCACAGGCUCAACGAUUCAUACUCCUGCUUGGGUUGGUUCAGUCCAGGUCAGGUGUUUGUAUUAGAUGAGUACUGCGCCAGGUACGGAGUGCGAGGGUGUCACAGGCACCUGUCUUACCUGAAUGACCUGCUGGAGAGGGCAGAGAAAGGGUCCAUGAUCGACCCCACACUACUGCACUACAGUUACGCCUUCUGUGCCUCCCAUGUGCACGGCAACAGGCCUGAUGGAAUUGGUACCGUCACAGUAGAAGAGAAGGAACGGUUCGAGGAGAUCAAAGAGCGACUGCGUGUACUGCUCGAAAACCAGAUCACACAUUUCAGGUAUUGCUUUCCAUUUGGACGCCCAGAAGGAGCCUUAAAAGCUACGCUGUCACUGCUUGAGAGGGUCUUAAUGAAGGACAUUGUGACACCCGUACCUCAAGAUGAUGUGAAGACAGUGAUCCGUAAAUGUUUGGAGCAGGCAGCUUUAGUGAACUACCAGCGUCUCUCAGAAUAUGCCAAGGUGGAAGAGAAAUCUCAGAGGGAUCAGAAGGAUGCAGAAAAUGUAGGGCGCUUAGUCACACCUGCCAAAAAGCUUGAGGACACGCUCCGUCUGGCGGAGCUGGUCAUAGAAGUGCUCCAGCAGAAUGAAGAACAUCAUGCAGAGGGUAAAGAGGCAUUUGCUUGGUGGUCAGACCUGAUGGUUGAACAUGCUGAGACCUUUCUGUCUCUAUAUGCUGUGGACAUGGAUGCGGCACUGGAGGUCCAACCACCAGACAGCUGGGACAGCUUCCCUCUCUUUCAGCUGCUCAAUGACUAUCUACGCAUUGACUAUAAUCUGUGUAAUGGGAAGUUUCAUAAGCACCUGCAAGACCUGUUUGCCCCUCUUGUGGUGAGGUAUGUGGAUCUAAUGGAGUCCUCCAUAGCUCAGUCCAUACACAGAGGAUUUGAACGAGAGUCUUGGGAACCCGUCAAGAGUUUAACAAGUAAUCUGCCCAGUGUCAGCCUACCAAAUGUGAAUCUUCAAAUGCCUAAAGUACCAAAUCUACCAAUGUCAGUUAAUCUGCCUCCAAUGCAAAUGCCUAGCUUUUCCACCCCCAACUGGAUACCGGGUUUAUCAGAUACUGAUAAUGGAUCAGGGACAUCAGAAGACUUGUUUUGGAAGCUGGAUGCACUGCAGACAUUCAUCAGAGACCUGCACUGGCCAGAAGAAGAGUUUGCCAAGCACUUGGAGAGUCGACUCAAACUCAUGUCAAGUGACAUGAUCGAGUCUUGUGUAAAAAGAACGAGAGCAGCCUUUGAGGUGAAGUUGCAGAAGAGUCCACGCACUACAGACUUCCGCGUCCCCCAGUCCAUAUGCACCAUGUUCAAUGUCAUGGUGGACGCCAAGGCCCAAUCGGCCAAACUGUGUGCCAUGGAGCUCAGCCAAGAGAGACAGUACCACUCACAAAUAGACGAUCUCAUCGAGGAGACGGUGAAAGAGAUGAUUACUUUAGUCGUGGCAAAGUUUGUUGUGAUCCUAGAGAGUGUUCUGGCAAAGUUGUCACGUUAUGAUGAAGGCACACUUUUUUCCUCCUUCCUGUCAUUUACAGUAAAAGCUGCUUCAAAAUAUGUGGACGUACCUAAACCUGGGAUGGAUGUUGCAGACAGCUAUGUGACUUUCGUUCGCCACUCUCAGGAUGUCUUGCGGGACAAGGUCAAUGAGGAGAUGUAUAUAGAAAGGUUGUUUGAUCAAUGGUACACCAGCACUAUGAAUCUCCUGGGCACCUGGCUGACAGACCGUAUGGACCUGCAGUUGCAUGUGUAUCAGCUGAAAAUCCUCAUCAGAAUUGUAAAGAAAAAGUAUCGUGAUUUCCGACUGCAAGGUGUGUUGGACUCCACUCUGAACAGCAAGAUGUAUGAGACAGUGAGAAACAGGUUGAUUCUAGAAGAGGCUACAGCGUCCGUAAGAGAGGGAGGGAUGCAAGGCAUAUCCAUGAAGGACAGCGAUGAGGAAGAUGACUAGAUCCUGCUGCAUGGAGACAAUUAGGUGUGAACAAUUUGGUCAGACACGUUUAUUGUGGACUAAAAUGAUGCAUGUACACCACUGUCCAUCGCUCGUACAUGUCUGGAUGUUAACGUCAUGUUCUAUGACAAAUAAGGGACUAAAUAAAAAAAAAUUAAAUGAAAAAAAUACAAAUCUCAAUUCAGAUGACAAAAACAAAAACAGAUAUUACUCAAACUUAAAAUUAAUUGACACUGUUUGAUGUUUUUUGGGGUGGGGGGGUGGGGGCAAGUGAAAUGUCUGAAAUUCAUUUCUAAAUGUUUCUAAGCAAUAUGGCGUACCAUUUGUAAAAGAUGUUGUGUGAGAUGGUAAGGAAUAAUGCUCGUCGUGUCCCUGUUCAAUGCAAAUCCGUAUGGCGCUGCUUCAAUGUAUUGUAAAUACAUUAAUGGUAUACAUAACUGUGCAUAGACCUUGUUUCUUUUGGAGUGUAGGCCAACUGACAUGAUUGUAUUAACUUGUUCAGAUGUUUAUAUAUUCAGCUGACUUCAACAACAUGUCAAAAAUCCACAAUGUGUUUUACACCCAAAAUGUUUUGAGACCCCCCUUUUUUUACGAGUUAGUUAAGGUGAUAUGUUUGUAGCUGUAUUUUAGAGACGCAAUAUAAUCCCAUUGCUUAUUUGUGAUAUACUUGAACUGACGUCAAUACUUUUUUAUGUUUUUAAGCCAUGCAUAAUUAAAAAAGAAAAUCUAAAAUAUAUUUAUUCUGUAUUUUGGGAGUGGGAUCACGAGGAGUAUUGUUUGUAUCCUUUUUGUUUCUUUGCAACAAAGCAUUUCUGAUCCUUCUGUUCGGAUAGCCUCUAAACACUUGCAGGUUUUUAUCAUUGCCACUGUUGUUUUGUGUAUAUAGUGCUUUAUAUUCCCCUCUGUGCAGUAGCUGCAUGUCCCAAUUGUUAGAAAUCUUAUCCGAAAGCUUUUGAAUUUGUGGAAAGUAACCGGUGGAUUCAUCUUGCGUCGGCCUUAUGUACACCCACAGUUGGAAUGCAAGAAUCUAAUCUGGAAAAUAAAACAAUUCAAAC